GUCUGUUUCUCUCCCUUUUUUCUUCUUCUUUUGAUCCUUUCAUGUCGCAGCACCCAAUGGCCAUAUAGAAGAGCGGUGAAGCUGCCACCCGAUGACGUUUUGUUCCUGUCUCAUUCGGCUCAAACUUCUGUCAUUAUUUUAAAUAUCUACUCAAUGCUUGUCCACAUUCUUAUUCUUCGGACUUGUUCUUCCCCCUCCUUUCCACGGAUACAAACACACACCGUGCAGGGAUUCUCGCUUUAUUGAUGCACGCUGUUUCUUCUCCUUCAGGGUCAACCUUCUCCCUUGCAGCACAAUGCCUGUCUCAAACGUCACUGUCUGAUCGCCCGCCAGUUGGAAAUUAGAAGUUGCUUAUCAACCAGCCAAUAAGCCAUCCUCUGCGAAACCCUUAUUGCGCCCGAUUUCUACCUGUGCUGCAAGGCUUCCCGGACAAACCCCGUUGACCAGCGUCGUGUCACUACAAAAUUCACUCAAAAUGGAUCAAGCCUUACCCUUAACCCUGCAAGCGAUCCCGUUCGCAACUCAGCACUAUGAUAAAGUCUGGGACCCCAUCCAUCAUCGCUACAAGAAGGCCCGCGGGAAGGUGCCCAGAGAUGACCCCAACGUUUGGGAGAUGCGCACCCCGGAAGAGAAAGGAUUGGCUCUGCGCCGCCGGCGGGACGUAGGUUCGGACGAAGAGAUUGUCGAGGUGGUCAGACACAAGGGUGAUGUUCUCUCGAGACGCCCCGGUCGACCAAGGCGGAGAGCCAGCUCCAUGGACAAUGCCAGAGCUGCAGGUGCAGGUGCCGCAGCCGGUGCUGGAGCUGCAGCGAUGUCGUCUCAUAAGGACCGUCGAAAUGGUCGUCGUGAUUCACGAGAUGAUUACUACGACUCAGAGGGCUCUGUCCCUCCUCGAUCUCGCGUCCGGCCCAAGUCAACCUCAGGACGGUCCCGCAAACGACGUGGCUCAUCGAGUUCUUCGUCCUCCGAAAGCCUACUGUCGUCCACCGAAGAGGAAAAGAAUUGUCGCAAAUUGCAGCGGAAGAAAUGGAUCACCGCAGCGCUCGCUAGCGUGGCAACGAUCCACGCAGCUUCGAAGGUGUACUCAUCAAUUGAAGCACACGACAAACGGAUUGCCCAGGUUCGAGAAGGCCAGUUGUCCCCCGAAGACGCCCACAAACAACAACGCGCCGCUCGGUGGCAGGACGCUGCUGCCAUCGGCAUUGCUGCACUGGGUAUCAAAGGUGCCGUCAGCGAGUGGAACGAGGUCACUGCAGAGCACAGUGAACACCAGAAGAUGCUAUCGGAGAGAGAAGAGCACCACAAAAAGCGGCUGGAGCGGGAACGCCGUCAUCGAGCCAAAGAGAGAGGUGGAUACUACAAAGGUAGAGACGGCCAGUGGUACUACGAUGGGCCUGUUCCCCAGAGCAGUGACAGUCACCGAGGUGGUAGCGGUAGUGGUGCAGCAGGAUAUUACGACGAUUCCAACCUCAUCAGACAGUCUGACCGUCGACGGAAGAUGAUCAGGGAUGAUGUUGCCAAUAGCGAAGAUUACCGAUCACGAUCUCGUGGGGUAAGUCGCGCCCGCAGUCGUCGCAGUGACGAUUACUGAAACCUGGCCAUUUGUGGUCACGACUGCGAAGCCUAGUUGGGUCUCCUCAGCUAACGGGUUUCUUUGUAUCGGACAGACUUCGAGUCCCCCUCGAAAUAGAAAGUUGGAAAAGACUCGAACGACGGUCGGGAAUUUUGGCCUUGAUGCUUUGGGCGAUGUGAUGGACUAGAUCUAGAGUGUUGGCGAGGGAAACAUUUGCAUUUGCAUGAGUUCUUGUUGGUUCACUCUACUGAUCCUGCUUUGAAUUGGCAUAGCAAGCAUCAUGAUGAAGUUGAUGAAAUAGAGUGAAGAAAGCGAUUAUUGGGUUUUACAUUUAUGUAGCCAUGAGAUAUGAUAUGAUGAAUGAAACGAUAUAGAACUG